GAAACUAAAACCCCGACUCAUCCCUGUAACGAUUCCUUCCAACCCCUGCUGCCGCAACUUCCACCCUUUUCCGUCGAACAUGGCGACGUCUUCACACGCUCAAGCUGUCAAGUCUCUCAAUAAAUCCCCCGGCCGCCGUCGUUUUGUCUUUAAGUCAUUCUCUGAGAGACUAGAUGAUAUCGAAAUCAAUGUGUUUAGAAGUCUUCAUCAGGUUAAAGCUGAGCCAUCUGAAGGUUCAUCUUUUUUCAGAGACUGCCUUGUAGAAUGGAGGGAAUCGAAUACUACAGAAGAUUUCAUCUCAUUGUAUGAAGAAGUCAUUUCUUGUACACAAACACUGCCCUUGGUGCUGUUGCACAAGGAAACAAUAAUUUCAAACCUACUUUCUAGGUUGCAUAUGAAAGCAAGGCUAUCACUUGAACCAAUUCUCAGGUUAAUUGCGGCUUUAUCUAGAGAUCUCCUAGAGGAGUUUGUUCCGCUAUUUCCAAGAAUUGUUGAUUCUUUAGCAUCUCUUCUAGAAAGUGGUGCUGAUAGGGAACCAGAUAUAAUUGAGCAGAUCUUCACGUCAUGGUCAUAUAUUAUGAUGUAUCUGCAGAAAUAUUUAAUACACAACCCAUCAGAGGUGCUUAAGGUCACUUCAAAAUUAAGGUAUUAUCCGAAGGAAUAUGUUCAGCAAUUCAUGGCAGAGGCAAUGUCCUUUGUUUUGAGAAAUGCUCCUGAUGAGCAGCUGAAAAGAGGAAUUAGAAGAGUAAUCGCCGAGGCAGUGAAGAAGCCAUCUCCAUGCCGAGAGUCUGGUGUUGAAUUAUUGCUUUAUAAUAUUAUGAAAGGUUACUCACCAAGGUUCCAUUCGAAAGCAGAGCGUGUUUUACAAUUAUUAACAAGCGAAACAGUUCAUUCCAUUGGUAAUGGAGCUGACCAAGAGCUGUAAAAGGAGUAUGCAACCGAGAGUGAAAAUAAAUUGGAACCAAACAUGGAGAUGGAACAGAAUUGAUUAAAAGCUGCAAAACAACCAACAUUAUUGAGUAUGCAAUAGAACAGAAGAUAGGAUUAGGUAAUCAGAAGGACUGAAAACCAUGCAGACUUAUGGAACAGAAAAUUUAGUUGAAGAGAAGAGGGAAGAGAAGGAGGGGUCAAGUAUAUAGAGACAAAACAGGCGUUUACCGUACUAAAUUACUUUUCAUGUCCAUAGCAUAUUGAGUUGCUUAUCACUAUAAGCACACACUAUAGCAGGCUAUUAACGCUUUGAUGUGAUCAAUACCUAAAUGCUAGUGGCUUGACAGUUUGAUUGGAAGUCUAUCAAUUUAUCGAGAAUCAAGAUGUCUUAAAUCAAGAUUUUGGCCAAACAAUCAUAUAUAGAUGCGAAUUCAAACUAAACUAAAAUUCAUACUCAGUAUUAAACAUUCGAAAAUAUACAGCGCCAUGAGAACUCCUAGUUUCAGGAACGGUGUUAACAAUUAAGGAGCUAAGGAAUUCUAGCGUUAGUUGAGUAUAAACGAGAUUUUGUUGAGAUAGGAAAUGUCGUAGAUUUAAAUUGUCUAGCAAAUAAUUUACGCUAUCUAACAAUCCUAAUUUUCUUAAGGUAGAAUCGUCGGCAUACCUUGUAGCUUGUAUUUCCCUCCUUCUCAAAUCUUCAUAAGUUUGGGAUUGAUUGGAAUUUCUUCUAAAAACUAACUCAUAAGCCAUUUUGUAAUUGGAAAAAGAUAGAGAGUUUAUGCUUUUGAAAGAAAGUUGUAAAAUUGGUGAGAUUAGUUUGUGUUGGAAAGGCAUGUAUUUAUAACCAUAAAAAAAAAAGGAAUCUCUUUAUAAAACAUAUGGUUCUACCAAUUUAUUUUCAUUGAUUGUAUUGUAAGAUAAAAAGGAAAUUGGUAAGGGAAUCAAAAUGUGCAUGCCAUGAAUUUCCAAAAAAAACAUUUUCCCUAUGGAAUUUAUAGGCAUGGCUUACGCCAUGCUCUUUGUAAGAGUGUGAGAAAUUGAGUUUUGUUUGCUUGUAAAAGGUUUUUUGACCAAAGACUAAUCUUUUUGAUUGAAUGCACAUUUAAAUUUGAUUGACCAAAUAAAUAGAUGUUCAUAAAUGCAUAUACUAAUCGACUAAUAGACGGUUACGAAAAUAAUUGAAAAUAAUUGCGCAAUAAAUACUAAAAUAAAUACUAAUAAAAAUACUUAAUAACGUAUUGAAAUGGAAAAGAAAAUGUUUGAAUGAAAAUACUAAAAUAUGCGGAAAUAAACAGAAAAACAGGGAAAUAAUUAGUUUUCUCCUCCCCAAACUUAUUAAAAGCAUUGUCCUCAAUGAUUAGGCGGAGAAGAGAACGUAUUAAAAAUAAAAGGCAAUCACUAGCCACGUAGAGUUUUUAGAGCGGUAUGGAUGGUAGCAAAUUCUUUGGCACAUCUAUCGAACUGCUCAAUAGCCAAGUCCAAGAAGGUGUUGAGAUCCGAGCGAAGUGUCGCAAUUGUUGCAUUGAUAUCGGCUAUAGCAGUUGUAUGAUCAACCGGGGCAGAUGGUUGGUUGGUGGAUUCAGUAGUGUGGAUGGGGGAUAGUGGUCCAGGUGUAUAGGUAAAUGGUGGGGUUUAGGGGUCAUGUUCAUCUUCAUCCUCUAAAUCAUAUAGCCAAUUAGCCUUAUUGUAGACGCUAGUCUUUUCGGGAUUUGGAAGGGUAAAAUGGUGGAUCGGUUUAUGGUUGAUGACUAGUGUGUAGGGAGUGGGCCCCAAAUUGUGUAUAAGGCCAUGAUUGAAACAUAAGUUAAUGUUGAGGUAGCGGAAUCCACUUGCUAGUGGUGUACCAUAUGGUAUGAGUUGGCCUAAAGAGUCAUCAAGGCCAAUGACUCUAGUUAAAAAGGUAACAAAACCACCAAUGCAGAUGCGGCGGUUUGGGGUUUCAAUGAGCUUUUGAAGGUUGGCUAGAACAAAUGGCGCAAGGUUUACUGGGCGACCUUGGAAAGCACAGAACAUGAUAAAUAAUUCAUCCUUAGAAACAAUAGUGUCAUUUUCUUGCUUUCCAAAGAUGGUAUGGGCUAAUAUCAUGUGAAAGUAGCGUAUGGCGGGAUUAUGGAUCUUUAGGUUGUUUCGGUCGGUCGGGUCAGAGUUGGGCUCUCCAGAAAUACUUCCCCAAAAGUUGCACAAUUCGUAGUCCAUGAAUUCAUCUUCUUGAGU